UUCCAGUGAAUCUGCUUUCUGUGCUCUUUGGUCUUGUAACAGCAUGGACUUCUCCGACGAUUUACCUUCUUCAAUCACCAGAUACUCCCCUAACUGAUGGUCCCAUGUCCAAUGACGAAGUUUCCCUUAUGACCUCUAUCAUGUACUUGUCGGCUAUCUUUGGUUCCUUGAUAGCAGGAUCUCUGGCAAACAAUAUUGGACGAAAGUGGACGAUAUUUGUAGGUGCAAUCCCUCAAGUAGUUGCCUUUAUUCUCAUCUUCUUUGCUCAUCAAAUCAUCCAUAUUUUCAUCUCCCGUUGCUUCAGUGGCUUGGCUAUAGGAAUAGCCACUGUUAUCAUUCCUAUCUUUGUCACGGAGAUUGCAGACAAGGAUCUCCGAGGAACACUGGGAAAUUUCAUGGCAGUGGCUAUUAGUAUAGGCAAUCUCCUGGGAAAAUUGCUACCAAUUCUCGGAGGAUUUUAUCUCACGCCAAUUGUUGUAUGCACCGUUUUAGCUAUUUUCAGUCCAAUUGCUGUCCUAUUUCCUGACACUCCGCAAUUCCUGCUGCUGCAGAAUCGCGAGGAAGAGGCUGAGACAUCUCUGAGAUUUUACCGAGGAGUUUCGGGAGAAUCAACGUCCGAUGAGGGCUUAAAAUUAGAGUUUGAGGAGUUGAAAAAAUCCCCAAGUCUCAUCAAGCAAGAAAUGAAGUUGCAUUUUCGGGAUUUUUGCGGUGGUGCAACAAUCCUGGCUAUCAUCUGCAGUUUCUGGCUCAGCAAUCACAUAGCCUGGACGGGAAAUCGCGUUUUCGUCUCUUACACGGAUACACUCCUGAGAAUGGCACAAACAGUUGAGGAUGUUCCUCUGAUGGAUAUCUCAGUGUCUGCAAUUCAAGUUGUCAUUUCUGUGAUUACUGUCUUCUUGAUCAAAUACUUCGGGAAUCGCUGGGUACUCAUCAUUUCCUUCCUGUUGACUUUCAUUGCAUUGGUAUUCAUCGGAGCUCAUUUUCUCUUCAUUGAAAUGGGCUACGGUGUGAGUGAUUACACCUGGCCGUUUUCUACGGCUUUUAUAAUCGGCACAGUCAUUCCCGGAAGCAGUAUCAGCAGCCAAUCCUACAGUGUAGCAGCUGAAAUCCUUCCGCCCAAACUCAGAGGCUUCCUUCUCAGUAUCUAUCUGAUUGUAUCAUGGUUGCUGGGCUUUGUCUUCCUAAACUACUUCUUCCAGCUUCAAGACUCUCUCGGUAUCUCCGGAUGGAUGUGGAUUUUUGCUGCUUGGUGUCUUUUUAGCCUAUUUAUGUCUAGUUUUUUCCUUCCUGAUACUCGUAAGAAGAACUUUGAUGACAUUCUGGAAAUUUUCAACAAGAAACUUCCUCAUAAAUGGCGGCAAAACAUACCUGGGCUCCCUGUUAUCUACAACACUCGCUUAUAA